GUGACACAGUACUGGGAGGCCCUCUGUCCGUUCAAGCGCCGUUUCUAAAUAACAAGCGACCAUGCUAAUUAAAUAUAUAGGUUUCUCAUCCGAUUGAAAUCUACAGCAUCCUAGUUGCUGUUUCGGUGCUGUUUUAGCUCUUUUGUCCCAAGCCUGAAGGUUCAGAGACUGCAGCCAUGUUUCUGUACAACCUGACCCUGCAGCGGGCCACUGGCAUCUCCUAUGCCAUCCAUGGCAACUUUUCAGGAACAAAGCUGCAGGAGAUAGUUGUUUCCCGUGGGAAAAUUCUGGAGCUCCUGCGUCCUGAUGCCAACACAGGGAAGGUCCACACACUGCUUACUAUGGAGGUGUUUGGCGUCAUCCGAUCCCUAAUGGCCUUCAGAUUGACGGGUGGAACUAAAGACUAUGUUGUGGUAGGGAGUGACUCUGGUCGUAUUGUAAUCUUGGAGUACCAUCCAUCCAAAAACAUGUUUGAGAAGAUACACCAGGAGACAUUUGGCAAGAGUGGCUGCAGACGCAUUGUACCAGGACAGUUCCUUGCUGUAGACCCUAAGGGCAGAGCUCUUAUGAUAGGUGCCACAGAGAAGCAGAAGUUGGUAUACAUUCUGAACAGAGAUGCGGCUGCCCGCCUCACCAUCUCCUCUCCUCUGGAGGCACACAAGGCCAAUACACUUGUGUACCACGUGGUUGGGGUGGAUGUGGGCUUUGAGAACCCCAUGUUUGCCUGCCUAGAGAUGGACUAUGAGGAGGCAGAUAAUGAUCCCACAGGUGAGGCUGCCGCAAACACACAACAGACUCUGACCUUCUAUGAGCUGGACUUGGGCCUCAACCAUGUGGUGCGCAAGUACAGCGAGGCAUUGGAGGAACAUGGCAACUUCCUCAUCACAGUUCCUGGAGGUUCUGAUGGACCCAGCGGUGUGCUUAUUUGCUCUGAGAACUAUAUCACCUACAAAAACUUUGGGGACCAGCCAGACAUUCGUUGCCCAAUCCCACGUAGGAGGAAUGACCUCGAUGAUCCGGAGCGAGGCAUGAUCUUUGUCUGCUCUGCCACCCACAAGACCAAGUCCAUGUUUUUCUUUCUGGCCCAGACAGAGCAAGGAGACAUCUUUAAAGUUACCCUGGAGACUGAUGAAGAGAUGGUAACUGAGAUCAGGAUGAAGUAUUUUGAUACCAUCCCAGUGGCUACAGCCAUGUGUGUUUUGAAGACUGGCUUCCUAUUUGUUGCCUCAGAAUUUGGAAACCAUUACCUGUAUCAGAUUGCCCAUUUGGGUGAUGAUGAUGAAGAACCAGAGUUUUCCUCUGCCAUGCCUCUGGAGGAGGGAGACACAUUCUUCUUCCAACCACGUCCCCUAAAGAACCUGGUACUGGUGGAUGAGCAAGAAAAUCUGUCCCCCAUCAUGUCCUGCCAGAUUGCCGAUUUGGCUAAUGAAGACACCCCACAGCUUUAUGCAUCAUGUGGCAGAGGACCCAAAUCUACACUGAGAGUUCUGAGACAUGGACUAGAGGUGUCAGAAAUGGCCGUUUCUGAGCUACCCGGUAACCCCAAUGCUGUGUGGACUGUUAGGAGACAUGUGGAAGAUGAGUUUGACGCUUACAUCAUUGUGUCCUUCGUUAAUGCCACCCUGGUGCUGUCUAUCGGAGAGACUGUGGAAGAAGUAACGGACUCUGGUUUCCUGGGCACAACACCCACCCUGUCCUGCUCGUUGCUAGGGGAAGAUGCACUUGUGCAAGUCUACCCUGAUGGGAUCCGUCACAUCCGUGCAGAUAAGCGAGUCAAUGAAUGGAAGACUCCUGGGAAGAAGACAAUCGUCCGCUGUGCUGUCAAUCAGAGACAGGUGGUCAUUGCUUUGACUGGAGGAGAGCUUGUCUAUUUUGAGAUGGACCCGUCUGGGCAGCUCAAUGAAUAUACCGAGCGGAAAGAGAUGUCUGCAGAUGUUGUGUGCAUGAGUUUGGCAAACGUGCCCCCUGGUGAGCAGCGCUCCCGUUUCCUGGCUGUUGGGUUGGUGGACAAUACCGUCCGCAUCAUCUCCCUAGAUCCAUCCGAUUGUCUGCAGCCUUUAAGUAUGCAGGCUCUUCCAGCUCAGCCAGAGUCUCUUUGUAUCGUAGAGAUGGGUGGAGUGGAAAAGCAGGAUGAACUUGGAGAAAAGGGCACCAUUGGCUUCCUUUACCUCAACAUUGGGUUGCAGAAUGGAGUGUUGCUGCGUACAGUCUUGGAUCCAGUAACUGGAGACCUGUCUGAUACACGUACUCGUUAUCUCGGUUCUCGUCCUGUCAAGCUUUUCAGAGUCCGGAUGCAGGCCCAGGAAGCUGUGCUGGCCAUGUCCAGUCGUUCUUGGCUGAGUUACUCAUAUCAGUCUCGAUUCCACCUGACCCCUCUGUCAUAUGAAACCCUGGAAUAUGCCUCAGGCUUUGCUUCCGAGCAGUGUCCUGAGGGAAUCGUUGCCAUCUCCACCAACACACUGAGGAUUUUGGCUCUUGAGAAACUGGGUGCUGUAUUCAACCAGGUGGCAUUCCCACUGCAGUACACACCUCGGAAAUUUGUCAUCCACCCAGAGACCAACAACUUGAUCCUGAUCGAGACUGACCACAAUGCCUACACUGAAGCCACCAAAGCUCAGCGCAAGCAGCAGAUGGCGGAGGAAAUGGUGGAGGCUGCGGGAGAAGACGAAAGGGAGCUCGCUGCAGAAAUGGCAGCAGCCUUUUUAAAUGAGAGCCUUCCAGAAGCUAUCUUUGGGGCACCUAAGGCAGGCUCUGGGCAGUGGGCCUCACUGGUACGCCUGAUCAACCCCAUCCAGGGCAACACACUGGACCUGGUGCAGCUGGAACAGAACGAGGCAGCCUUCAGUGUGGCUGUAUGUCGCUUCUCCAGUGGAAGUGAUGACUGGUAUGUGUUGGUAGGUGUAGCCAGAGAUAUGAUACUAAAUCCUCGCUCCGUUGGUGGGGGAUAUAUAUAUACCUAUCGGCUGGUAGGGGGUGGGGACAAGCUGGAGUUUUUGCACAAGACACCUGUGGAGGACGUGCCACUGGCUAUUGCUCCCUUUCAGGGGCGAGUGUUGGUGGGAGUGGGCAAACUCUUGCGCAUCUAUGACCUGGGGAAGAAGAAACUUCUCCGCAAGUGUGAAAACAAGCACGUUCCAAACUUAGUGACUGGCAUCCACACCAUUGGGCAGCGUGUGAUUGUGUCUGAUGUUCAGGAGAGUCUAUUCUGGGUGCGCUACAGACGCAAUGAGAACCAACUCAUCAUCUUUGCUGAUGACACGUAUCCUCGCUGGGUCACGACUGCCUGCCUGCUUGAUUAUGACACGAUGGCCGCCGCUGAUAAGUUUGGAAAUAUCUGCAUUGUCCGCUUGCCCCCCAACACCAGUGAUGAUGUUGAUGAGGACCCCACUGGUAACAAAGCAUUGUGGGACAGAGGCUUGCUUAAUGGAGCAUCACAAAAGGCUGAGGUGAUAAUUAACUAUCACAUAGGAGAGACUGUGUUGUCCCUCCAGAAAACCACCCUCAUCCCUGGUGGAUCAGAGUCCCUGGUGUACACCACACUAUCAGGAGGCAUCGGUAUCCUGGUGCCAUUCACUUCUCAUGAGGAUCAUGACUUCUUCCAGCACUUAGAGAUGCACAUGCGCUCUGAGUUUCCCCCUCUAUGCGGCCGAGAUCACCUCAGCUUCCGUUCCUACUAUUUCCCUGUGAAGAAUGUGAUCGAUGGUGACCUGUGUGAACAGUUUAACUCCAUGGACCCCCAUAAACAGAAGAGUGUGGCUGAGGAGUUGGAUCGCACACCUCCAGAGGUGUCUAAGAAACUGGAAGACAUCCGAACACGCUAUGCCUUCUAAUGUCCUCAUGUCGAGCAGACAAACUAUGAGAAAUCCCACUGUUUUCCCAGGCAUCCCAUUGCUGUGGCCCGAAACUUUCCUACUACAAGUUUAGGGGCCAGCUGAGAGCUGUCACGGUCACUGACCCAGUCCUGCUUGACUACCAAAAACACACACUGCUAUUGGUACUGCACUCAGUACAAAGAAACUCCGUUUUACCUUUUAGUUUACUUUGAGCAGUUACAUCAGGACACAAAUAUUUACAGCGGAAUGAUUUUCAUACAGAAUACUACAUCAGAUCACCCUUUACACAUGUAUGGCUCAAGCAAAAUAGGCAUAAUCUUGAACAUGUCCAUUACUUUUUUUUUUUUUUUUAAGUUACUGCAGUGCAAAUUAAAUCCACAUUUUACUGAAUGAAUCGUAUUCUAUGUAAAAUAUUCCAAUUAUUCACGUCUUUUGAGUAUUUCAAUUGUGUUUCUUUGAGAGUUAUAAAAUGCUAUUCCCACACUUGUAAAAAAAAAUUUGUCAAGUGAAAUGGAAAAUCUGUUUUAACUUGCUGUUUUUGUAUUAUGUUGCCCUAAUCACUUAAAACCGGAAAAAGCUGAAAUAUUGCGGUUUCAUGAGGUGUGUGAGAAUUUUGUAAAUAAAACUUUUUAAUUUGACCUGUAUUUCCGUGUUUGUCAGUAGGCUUGCUGUUGGUUUGUCUUACAUUAACUGAACACACAGGCAAAGCAGGUUUACUCUUAACCCCUGUGUUUUCCUUAAGGGCUGUUGGAUAUAUGUUUGUUUUUUGGUAAUAAUGGUCAUGUACUUUUCUCAUGAUUAUGAGUCACACUUGUUUGUAAUGCAUUAAACUUGUUACACUUUAGUAAUCCCUUGAUGAGAAAAAGGUGUUAUGCAGUAUUAAUCUCUUAAAUGUGAACAUAAAUUGGCUUUAUUUCAUCCAAUUUACCAAAUAUUAAGCAUGAAGUGGUUUAGAUCAUAUUUAAGGAAGACAUAAACAUGAAUUUUGCUAUGAUCCCAUUUGAACGUAUGUUUAAGUGUCUCUUUUUUUUUUUUUGUGCUCCCAAAAACCCCCUACUUAAAAUUGUGUGCUUGGUAGUUUUAGAUUUUUUUGAGCUCACAAAUUAACACUGGCAGAGUGUGAAAAUGUAGUGAUCUCUUAACGCAUUUACUCAUUGCAGUGCAUUACGUCAAUGUUUACUUUGUUCAGAUCAGUGUAUAAAUUAGUUGGCAGAGUACUCUUGCCCUGCAAAAUCUUUUGACAAUAUUUGUAAAGUAAUCAGUCUUGAAGCACA